CGGCUGACGAAAAAUGGUACUUUACAAAAGAACAGCUUAUAAACACGCCGAGCAGAAGAUGCGGCAUCGACGCGGAUAAAGAACUAAGUUACAGGCAGCAGGCGGCGAAUUUCAUCCAGGACAUGGGACAGCGACUCGUGGUUAAUCAUUAAAGUUCAUGUUAAUUCCUUAUCGCGAGGCGUUAAUAUUACGUCGGUCUACUCAAUGUAUAAUGAAUGCGACGGAACUGUUUCUUUUCCCCUCUCGAGAAUUCCACGAAGUCGCGAAAUGCGACGUGUUAUAAACAUGUGUGACGUGCGAGAGCGCGGAGGUCACGCGUCGUCGUCUACGUUUCCCCAUAUUGAAUACACAAUUAUGCAUCAACACAGCAAUAGUCUACAUGCACAGGUUCUAUGUGUUCCAUUCGUUGUCACACUUUCACCGGAAUUCAAUUGCUGCAGCAGCCCUUUUUUUAGCAGCGAAAGUAGAAGAACAACCACGCAAACUUGAACAUGUUAUCAAAAUGGCACAUAUGUGUUUGCACAGAGAUCAGCCGCCACCUGACAUCAGGUCUGAGCAAUACCUUGAACAAGCUCAAGACUUGGUAUUUAAUGAAAAUGUCCUACUACAGACAUUGGGGUUUGAUGUUGCCAUUGAUCAUCCCCACACACACGUUGUCAGGUGUUGUCAACUGGUUAAAGCGAGCAAGGACUUAGCCCAGACGUCAUACUUCAUGGCAUCUAACAGCUUACACUUAACAACGAUGUGUCUACAAUACAAACCCACAGUAGUUGCCUGUUUCUGCAUCCAUUUAGCAUGUAAAUGGUCCAAUUGGGAGAUACCUCAGAGUAAUGAAGGAAAACAUUGGUUUUGGUACGUUGAUAGGACAGUAACAUCAGAACUACUACAACAACUUACAGCAGAAUUUUUACAUAUAUUCGACAAAUGUCCGUCGAGAUUAAAAAGGAAAAUAAUGAGCAUUUCUGCUAAUCAAAGCCCGAGUAUCAAUCACCCAAGUUUGCCAAAUUCGCCAUUUGAUGCUGAACCACGAAAAGUUCAAUCUCCAGCAUCGGCGGCAGACGGAGGGCCAACAUUUCAUUCUAAUCGGCCGCAUCAUACAGAAAAACAGGAAGAAAAGAAACAACUUCCUCCGACAAAUACAAGACCACCUGCUGAUUAUCGUGAAUAUCGAGAGAAAAAGGAACGUGAACGUUUAGAGAGAGAAAAAGCAACAACUCCAGUUACAAGUGUUCAAAGUCAUGCAGUUGACAUUAAUAAGCAUCAUUCGCAUCAUCAUAAACCUGUGUCCGGAACAAAUAUACCUAAUAAGCAUUCCGUGCCACCGGGGCAAAAAACUACAUUACAUCAUAAUCAUCAUCAUAGACAAGAGAUGAAAGUUAGUCAACCAGUACCACAAAGGCAUUCUACAGGCAACCAGCCGCGAGAACCCAAUCGUGAUCCUAGUAGACAAAGGAUACAAAGGGAAUACAAUUCUAGUAGUAGUUCAACUAGUAGUACCGUGCAUUCUCAUGGUCAUACGAUACAUCAAACAAAGGAUGUAAACGUAGACAACACUUUACCAGAUAUUACAUCACACAGAUCUGAUGUUGCUACAUUGCCAGACAAUCUCAGCAAUAACAACCAUAAUUUACAAAGGUUAAGCACAAUGGAUGGAAAACAUCAAACUCACGACAAAAGGGUCUAUGAUCCAAGGCAUAAAGCUGUAGAUCACAGGAAAGAUGGAGAACAAAAAACAUAUAACAAAUAUCCUGAUUCGUCGAGAGAUAGACAGCGGAAAUCUGAUACUUUGGAACAGAGAUGUGAAGAAGUACGUAAACUUAUAGAAAAACCUUUACCAUUUCCAAAACCAGCAUUGGAUGUACAACAUGCUGCCAAUAUACAGAAACAAUCCUAUCAUGGUAAAUAUAGUCAACCGGAUAAACCACAAGGAAGCACCAGUGCGUUUAUAAGUGAUAUGAAACCGAUCUCUAUAUCUCAAAACGCAUUCUCUCAAGAAAAAUCUCCGACGACCAUCGCGUCUUCUCUGCCACAAAUCUCACAAAAAAGCAUAUCUUCUAAGCCCACGAUAAAUCAGCAUUCUGCUUAUGGUGUUCCACAAACGUUAAAAGAUUCGAUUAAGAAUGGAAAUUCUCAAUCCUCGUGUUUGACGUCUUUAAAUAAUAUAGACGAUCCAAAAGCUGAAAAACGUCCGCGACACGACGAAUUGAUCGAACAACAACAAAACUUAUUACAAACGCCAACGACCAAGCACAAAUCAUUGUUUAGUCCGGAAAAAGUGCAAACCAGUCGGGAGUCUCACUCUCAGAGGCCUAAAUCGAAACAAAAAACGCCACCUUCGGCUGUUAAAGUUCCUAAAGAACGUGCACCAGAGACACUAACUGGUCUUAAUUUGGUGUCACCAUUCGCGAGUCCGCCAGGUUUACAACAAACUGAUUCGAUGUCAAUGAAACGUUCAGCUAGCGAUGCAUCGACGAUAUCUCAUAAAAGGCAUCGGACUACAAGUUCUAGUGAAAACGAGCCCCAGUUGAAAAUGAAGAUGGAAGAUACGUCAAGUUUAGAGGCCAUGAAGAUGCUUGGUAGAGUACCAGAGCUUAUCCAACCAAUUAGAGAUAAUCCUUCGUCAAAUGGUAGAAGUACUUCGGUGGCUAGCGAUUUACAACCUCCAGAAUUAAUCAAACCGUUUGAACCGGAACCUGUGAUUUCUCGUUUUGGUAGUAUGGUUACAAAUGGGUUGGACACAGGCGUCGAGGCUCAACAACAACCAGUGCAAAUGGAAUAUUUGUCACCAAUGAAAUCGGCUCAAAGUAUAAGUGCUCUAUUGCAGGAACCUUUAGCUCCGUUGCCAUCUUUAUUGCAAGGAAUGCAGCAAUUUAGUAGUCAAAUAACAUCACAACAAGCGCAUCAGGAGCAAGUUGUUCAGCAAGAGCAACAACAGCAGUCGCAACAGUUGCCGCAGCAGCAGCAAGCACAGAUGCAAUUACAAGUACAGUCACAGACACUACAACAUCAACAUCAACACUCGCAUCAACACCAACAACCUAUAACUUCUCAUUCAUUGUUACUUCCUGAUAGCCAAUUAGCAGUACAAACACAGUGCAUGACACUGCCUUCAUCAAUGAAUGAAACGUCUGUAGUUUCAACGGUCGAUAUUAGUGUUCUAUCUGCUCCGGUACAAAAUAAUACAGAUGGAAUAGUUCAGACCGUACCAACAACAGUACAGCCAACAGUGCCGAUAGUGGUCGAAGAGAAGAGAACGGAGCAUCAUAAGAGUGAAAAGAAAAAGAAAAAAGAAAAACACAAACAUAAAGAUAAGGAGAAAAAUAAAGAAAAACACAAACACAAACACAAAGAUAAGGACAAGGAGAGGCAUCGUGAAAAAGACAAGGAGAAAAAUGAAGAGACGUUACCGGCUGCACCGAUCAAGAUAACAAUACCUAAAGAGAAAUUAAAUCUCAGUGGUGAAACGACUGUUACCAGUGGCGGUACUGUCGUCAUACCUGAGAAAAAUAAAUCACCUCAAAGUACCGGUUUGAAGUUGAAAAUUUUAAAAGAUCGAUUGAAGAGUGCGGAAAAUGUACCGAGUACGCAGGCUCAACCGGUGCCACAGGCACCGUUAAAAAUGAAAAUACGAACGGACGCGAUCUGGAGAAGUUCAACAGGUAGCGUACCGGUAACAACGACAAGCGCUUCGACGAUCGCUAGUGUACCGGACUAUUCGGGUGAUGGUCGAAAAAGAGAAAGAAUCGAUGUCAACGAGAGUACGUCGAACGUGGUUCCGCCGACGAAAAAGCAACAGCAACAACAACAACAGCAACACCAUCAUCACUAUCAUCACCAUCAGCAGCAGCAGCAGCAGCAGCAGCAGCAGCAGCAGCAGCAACAACAACAACAACAACAACAGCAACACCAACAACAACAACAACAUCAGUCACAGCAGAUCUCAUCGAUGGCCGCCGGUGGUUACAGUCAACAUCGUCCUGGGGAAAGGCAGAACGGCAGGCACUAUAGUUCAGGCAGCAAUAACAAGGUACGUGGAGGCGGCAGAGGCGGCCGCCAGUAUAUCAAGCGCGGGCUACCACCAUCAGGAUCGGCUGGCAAUUUCAAUAUAGCCGGUCAACGUGACGGCUAUUAUCAGCAGGAUACCUAUAGUAAUAUCAAUGUCCAUCAUUCCUCUAAUCAUCCUUCGUCAUCUAAUAGAACUGAUACAGCCUACAACAGGGCUGCUCACGUCGCCCAGGCUGAUUCAUAUUUUGCUAACUUCACCAAUUUUCCACCGCCCUCGAUAUACAAUCCUGCCGCCGCCGCCGCCGCCGCUGCCGCCGCUGCUUCCGGAUACAUGUAUGACCCUGCUAUGAGUUAUUAUCAACAAUAUCAGCAGCAGUACUCCAUGUAUCCGGCGGGCAAUGUCAUAAUGACACCGGAUGGCGCCAUCGAUACGUCCGUUCCACCACCCUCAUUACCUCCCAAUGUACGUCGAAGUCCCGUUAUGAUUGUACGACCGACUCAUCAGUCGGGCGUGUCUACUCAGCAAGAAACUGACAAACCGCCUCCGUUGCCUACCGGACCACCCCCGAGUUCUUCUCCACCCCCACCCCCACCCCCAGAGUAGUUGCGACUGCACUCAAUUUUUUUUUGUAGUAGAUUUAAUACGUAGCUCACGAAGUAGUGCUUAAUUUAUGAAAAAAAGAACUAUCUCUCCGAUCCGUUAUCCGUGCUUGUCAGCAAACUUUUUAAUCAAAGGUUCGGAGAAUCUUUUGUAUAUAUCUCUUUUAUAAUUCGUACAGUGUAUGUAUAUUAUUCAUUAUCAAGACUAAGAGAAUACCUAUUAGCCAAUUUUUUUUUUAUUUCAUGUCGAUAAAUAUCUAAUAUUAUUUUUACAUCACAUUAGGUUAGGGUAUACUAUGACACAGAAUGUUUAUUAAGUUUAAUUGAUUAUUUUUAGAUUAUAAAUCUAUAAGUAUGUAGAGAGUGAAUACGAUUCUUGUUUCGACAUAGCACGGAUAGGAGAAGAGUGGUUGAUUAUUUUGUAGAAGUAAACUCUCUGUCAUUUUUUACGGAA